ACUUGCCUUCCUCUUCCUCCUUCCUCUUCCUCCUCUUCCUCCUCCUCCUCCUCUUCCGCCUGCUCUCCUGCAGCUACCAUCUUGCUGUCUUCCUGAAUCCCCCCCCCUCCUUCCCCUUGCGCAACUUCAUCCUCUCGUCCCAGCAUCCUGCAGACUCGCGUGUGACUUCACCGUCCCUUGCGUCCCGUCUUUCCGAUUUCCCGCCCUGCUGUGAAAUUGAGCAGGAGGUGGUGUAUACUGAUCUACGCUUUCUAUUCGAUUAAGUGGAAGUGGAGAAAAUGUCAGAUACCGCAGCAGCUACCUCGGCCGAACAAAAUGCUGAGGUACCUAAGGAGGCAGCAUCGAAUGAUACCACUGGCCAUCCUUUAGAGACAGGAUGGACAUUUUGGUUUGACAAGAAGAUUGAGAACAAAUCUCACGCCGUCAUGAAAGCAUCUACGUAUUUUGACCAUCUGAAAAAUCUGGGGAGCUUUCGCACUAUCGAAGAGUUUUGGGACUUGUACUCUCAGUUGAGCCGUCCAUAUGACAUGCAUCAAUCGACUACUUAUCAUGUGUUUCGGGAAGGCUACAUGCCAAUGUGGGAAACUUUCCCGCAUGGGGGAGCUUGGAUUAUUAGAUUUAAGAAGCAGAACCACCACCCGAGCCCAAACCUCUCCAAAUGCUGGGAGGAGUUGGUGUUGGCGUGUGUAGGCGAAGCUUUUGCGGAGCCAGAUCUUGUUGGCGUCAUGGUCAGUGUGAAACCAAAGGAGGAUAUUAUUCAAAUCUGGAACAAAGACAAUGAGGACAACGAAUCCGUGAAGGAUGAGCUCGGGUGA